AAAAUACAUCAGACGAGUUCAUUUCUAUUUUAAUGACGCUGUUUUGUGUCUGGGGAACAUCUCAGACACCGGCUCAACGUGUUCACGCACUCGUGGCCCUAGAGGAGCCCCCAAUAAUCUCAAUACAAACAUAAUUUAAAAGUCAUCGCAAGAGGAAAGAUCGUUCAUCGCGCAACAACUUACGCUCAUUAAUUUCCUUUUUUUUUUUCUCGCUCGUUUGUCGUGACCUUGAACUCGUUGUCGAGCCUCCGAACGUCCGAACCAAUCAAGUAUCUUCACGUGCACGCCUGAGAUCAUUCGGGAGAGUGAAAAUAUGUUAGAUUCAAGGGAAAGGGUUCUCACUGUGCUGGCUGCAGUUGGAACCGUGGUAGCAGUAGGAGUAGCCGUUCAAUACUUUCUAACAUGGAAGAAGAACAAGAGAAGGAAGUCUCCAAUUUUACUAGAAAACCCAUUAGCUAAAUACAAUCUCCCUCUUAUCGAGAAAGAAGUCAUUAGUCACGACACUAGGAGGUUCAGGCUAGGCUUGCCAACGCCCGAGCAUGUGCUUGGACUGCCAACAGGUCAGCACAUCCAUCUCACUGCUGAUAUUAAUGGGGAACUUGUCAUCAGGGCUUACACCCCAGUCAGCAGUGACGAUGAUCACGGUUUCGUUGACCUGGUCGUAAAGGUCUAUUUCAAAAAUGUUCACCCGAAAUUCCCGGAGGGUGGUAAACUCUCUCAGCACCUCGAAUCCAUGAAAAUUGGAGACACGAUUGCAGUUAAAGGACCUUCAGGCCGUCUGGUUUAUAAAGGCAGGGGGAAUUUCACCAUUCGGAUGUUGAGGAAGGAACCUCCAGUUGAACAUCAUGUUAAAAAGGCUGUUAUGAUAGCUGGAGGUACCGGAAUAACCCCGAUGCUCCAACUAAUCCGUCAAAUCACAAAAGAUCCGGAGGAUCGCACCCAAGUAUCCCUUCUCUUCGCAAACCAAACGGAAAAGGACAUUCUCCUCCGUGAGGAGCUCGAGGGACUUGCCAAGAAGCACGCAGACCAGUUCAAAUUGUGGUUCACUCUGGAUACGAGCGGGGAAGGCUGGAAAUACUCCACUGGACACGUGAAUGCAGACAUGAUCAAGGAGCACACGUUCCCACCUGCAUCUGACACAAUUGUCCUCAUGUGUGGACCACCCCCAAUGAUCAACUUUGCCUGCACACCGAAUCUCGAUAAAUUGGGAUAUGACACGAAGCUGAGAUUCGCCUAUUAAUCAUUCUUGAUAUUCGGGCAGUUGGAGUCAUUCUGUUCCCACAUUCACAUUUUUUUCCAAUUCUGAAUUAAGAAUACGUCUACAUGUUUAUUUUAUAAAUUGAUUCUUUUUUUAUUAUUUAUAAUUCUGAUAUUUUCCAGGAUCAAUUAGAAAAUUGAAUUUUAUUGUUCCUCUUUCUUGAAACGCGAUUUUUCAAUAUUAUUUCGGCCAAUUUGUCGCUCCAGAGCCGAGCGAUGUAGUUAAAAAGACAAGGUCUAAAAUUAUCUUGUAAAUAAAUAGAGAAUAACGUACUA